GCUGUGACCCCAUCCACUGAUGAGCCUCUAACCUCUAGUGAUCUAAAACUUUUAUGGACAAAAAAUAAUGUUUUUAUUACACCGCAACUUUUUAUUCCCAAUACCACAAGACAUUUCAAAAAAACAAAGCUGGAGGUCUAUUUAUGUUAGAUGGGAAGAGACUUUCAGGGUUGGGCCGGACAAAGACUUUGUUGCCAAAAGACUUUCUCAGCCAGGGGGCUCCGCCGCCAGUGUGUGUCAAGGACUCCAGAAUUUGUGUAUUUAAAAAUUCUAACUUCACAGUUCACACCCUAAUACUCUGUAUCUUGCUCUACCUCGCACAAUACUUCACAAAUACUCUGCUUCCCCCUUCUCCAGCCAUUCCCAUGAAGCUUCAUAGCUGCAACUUCCGUGUAUUAUGCACUGCAUACCUUGGUAUCAUUCUUCUCUUUUCUAUAAGCCUACUUUGUUUCCAACCUACCACUCUUGCAGCUGCGGCUCCAACAAACGAGACUGAUCGUUUUUCUUUGUUCAAAUUCAAAGAAAUGAUAACCAAUGACCCAUUUAACUUCUUCGCCACUUGGAAUGGCUCUACCCACUUCUGCAACUGGCAGGGAGUUACAUGUGGCCGCAAGCAUCAAAGAGUUACAGCCUUGGACCUACAUGGUAAUUCCUUAAGUGGAUCCAUAUCACCUUACAUUGGCAACCUCAGCUUUCUUAUGGUGUUCAACCUCUCAGACAACUUCUUACACGGCGAAAUUCCACAACAAGUCGUUCUUCUCUUCCGUCUGCAACGUCUCGAUCUUACCAAUAAUUCAUUGAUAGGGGAAAUCCCAAGCAACUUCACCAACUGUCCUCAACUCAGAUUCAUGCAACUUUCAAAUAAUAAACUUACUGGGAAUGUUCCGAUUGAGCUGGGCUCUUUGUUGAAGCUUGUAAGAUUUCAGAUUCCUCAAAAUAAUUUGACAGGAGGCAUCCCACCUUCUUUGGGGAAUAUUUCUACACUCGAAGUACUCCAGCUUGCAUUUAAUAAUUUCGUGGGAAAUAUUCCGGAUGAAAUAGGUCGUUUGCAAAGGUUAGUUUACUUAGCAGUUGUGGACAACAAUUUGUUUGGUACAUUCCCUUCUUCCCUUUACAAUAUAUCAACUCUGAGGUUCAUGCAAGUCGGACUUAACCAACUUAAUGGCACUCUUCCAGCCAAUAUAGGCCUCACUCUCCCUAAUCUCCAAAUUUUGAACAUCUAUAAGAACGAAUUCUCUGGUCCAAUCCCAGUUUCACUAUCCAAUGUUUCUCGGCUUGAAAUAGUUGAUCUCUCCUAUAACAAUUUCAUGGGACAAGUUCCAACUGAUCUAGGAAACCUGCUAAAUGUCCGGUGGAUAGCUGUUGCUAGAAAUUCUCUUGGGGAGCUCUAUCAAACGACUGACGGAUUUUCUCCAAGCAGUUUAAUUGGAUCCGGUAGUUUUGGCUCCGUAUAUAAAGGAAUUCUUGAUCAGGAAAAAAUGAUGGUUGCUGUGAAAGUAUUAAACCUUCAACAGAAAGGAGCUUCCAAGAGUUUUAUGGCUGAAUGCAAUGCCUUAAGAAAUAUACGGCAUCGGAAUCUCGUUAAGAUUGUAACUUGUUGCUCCAGUGUGGACUAUAACGGCAAUGAAUUCAAAGCUCUCGUUUAUGAAUUUAUGGCAAAUGGAAACUUAGACAAGUGGCUGCACCUAAAUAGAGAGAAUGAAAGUCCACCAAGAUAUUUGAACCUCCUCCAAAGAUUAAAUAUUGCGAUCGAUGUAGCCUAUGCUCUACAUUAUCUUCAUGAUCAUUGUGAAACACCAAUCAUUCAUUGUGAUUUAAAGCCAAGCAAUAUUCUUCUUGACGAUGACAUGAUUGCUAAAGUAAGUGAUUUUGGUUUGGCAAGGAUUCUCAGUACAACAAAUGAUGUUUCUCAAAAUCAAACUAGCACAGUUGGAAUAAAGGGCACUAUUGGCUAUGCUGCUCCAGAGUACGGAAUGGGUGGUGAGGCAUCAACACAAGGAGAUGUUUAUAGCUAUGGAAUAUUUGUGCUGGAGAUGUUCACUGGAAAGAGGCCAACUGACCCUAUGUUUAAAGAUGGUUUCAACCUUCAUAACUUUGUUACAACGGCAUUGCCAGAGAAACUUGUGCAAAUUGUGGAUCCAAAUCUUUUCAAAAGAGAAGUUAAUGAAUUAACAGUGGCAACAGAAGAAGAUGACUACAUCGACAAUAAUCACAAUGAUAUUGAGGCAGUAGAAGAAAGAAUCUUUAUUGAGAAUCUCAGCCAGAUGAACUCUAAUGUGCAAAAGUGCCUACUUUCAGUUUUCAAGAUCAGUCUUACUUGCUCAUUAGAAUCACCAAAAGAAAGAAUGAAUAUGGGGGAUGUCACUAAGGAACUACAUCGAAUAAAAAAUGCCUUUCUGAAGGCUGGGAUCCAUGGAUAAGGACCAAAUAAGGUAAUGUACUACAAACUUUGAUUUAAAAGUUUAGCUAUUAUAAACAAUUCAUGGAGUGACUAAAGUCUGUCCUAAGUAUUAUAUUUGAGCCUUAAAUUUCAAACCUAAAGUUUCCAAAUAAUUCAUUCAAAACCACAAGCACAAGACCUUCAUAGGUAGAUGACCUGCCAACACAAGUAGAGUUUCCAGUGAUCUUAUAAGGAUCAAAACAUUUGCCCAAGGAUUUCCCCCUUAUUUAAAUUCACAAGUAACCUUAGUUAAUUCAAUCUUUUUUUUCUAAUAUUGUUUUCAAAGCGAAAGUUGUUUUGUUUCUUGUAUCCUGAAAUUUUCUAAACGUUUCAACAUGGCAAAUAUACUCAACUUCUGCUUUUGUAGGAAAACAGAGCUUUGUGAAGAAAUGAUCAGAUUGCAGAAAAGUCUCCUUCAUAAUGCCCAACAUUAGCUUGGCUGUUUGUGCGAGUAUGUAUUUUGUUGGAAUAAAUCAAACCAAAUUUUGAUCUACAUGUUUAAGACUUCUUUUCUUACAAACAUGUAUUUAAGAAUAUGCAGGUAACGCACCAAAAUAUAUGAAAAUAAUGUCAGGAGCUAUUAUUUUAAACUA